AUGUCUAGCUCAACGUUGUUGGUUAAGGUCACUUGCAUGGCAAUGAUGAUGUGCAUGAUUUUAGGUCUACCACAAACUCUUUCAGCUCUCACUUGUGGCCAAGUUGAGGCAAAAUUAGCACCGUGCGUCCCUUACGUGACCGGAAUCGUAGGUGCUGUCCCGCAGCCGUGUUGUGAUGGUAUUACGGCCGUGAACAACCAAUCCACGACGAAAGAUGAUCGUCAAGCUGCCUGUAGGUGUAUCGAUAAAGCGGCUAAGGCACUGCCCGGACUCAAUGUUGAUGCUCUUGUUGGCCUCCCUAGUAAAUGUGGUGUUAAAUUGCCUUUUAACCUUGGUCCCUCCACUGACUGCAACAAGAUUGAGUAA